GCCGCUCUUCAGCUGUUCAGGUCACGUGACGCAGUUAAAUGGCGUCUCUCGGGGCGUCGCUGGCUCGUGUAAACAAUCCACUUUAUACAGAGAUUUCCAGCCUUCGGGACACUUCCAGCACUUAGCGAGCUACCAGGAGGACAGUGGAGGGUAGCAGGGGCAAGCAGUAGGGUAGAAGAAAGGCUAUGCAUAGAGGGAGGACCUGUAUUAGGGUCACACAGCAAUACACAAAAUGACAUCCCGAAACAAGACCAAGAAGGAGGAAGAGAAGAAGAGGCAGGAAGAGGAAGCAGCUGCUCAGGCAUAUGAAGAGUUUGUGGCUACCUUUGAAGAGACUCCCUCACAAAAAGGGAAGGUCUGGGUGAAGGCAGGAACCUUUGAUGCAGGCUCCAGAAAGGAAGACACUAAAGAGAAAGGAAAAUUAUAUAAACCGACCUCCAAGUUAGCAGAAUUAGCAGAGAAGUUUUCCAGUGCGGAGAAGGCAGCUCAAUAUGCCAGCAUACGUGCAGACAAGGACAAACCAGAGAAGCCGGGCAAGAAGAAGGAGAAAGAAAAGAAGAAAAAAAGCAAUCUAGAACUAUUUAAGGAGGAACUCAAAAUGAUCCAGGAGGAGAGAGCAGAGCGUCAUCGCAUCAAGAACAUGUAUCAGACUAGAGAAUCCGGGAAGAGCAGUCGUUUUGAAGCUCCUGAGCCAAAGAUUCCAGGCUUUCUGGGUAUGGACGACCCCAAGAUAGGAAGCUUUGACCCUGGAGAUCCAACCACCACAAACUUGUACCUUGGCAAUCUCAGUCCUAAGAUAACAGAGCAGCGCCUCAUGGAACUGUUUGGUCGGUACGGUCCGCUUGCCUCCAUCAAGAUCAUGUGGCCACGGACUGAUGAUGAGAGGAAUCGAGGCAGGAAUUGUGGCUUUGUGGCUUUCAUGAACCGCAAAGAUGGGGAACGGGCGCUGUCCUCUCUCAAUGGCAAGGACAUCGAUGGGUUUGAGAUGAAACUGGGAUGGGGUAAAGCUGUCCCCAUUCCACUACAUCCCAUCUACAUCCCUCCUGCUCUGGUUGAACUCACCUUGCCUCCACCACCCUCGGGUUUGCCCUUCAAUGCCCAGCCGGACAAGAGAGACAAAGAUAAAAAUUGGAAGCUCUCCUUAAGUCAGAAUUUGAAGAUCCCUCCUGUGGGCACACCGCUUCCAACGGAGGGAGAGAAGAAGGAGGAGAUGGACAAGAUUUUACAAAGGGCUGUUGUCAAAGUGGUUAUCCCAACAGAAAGGUCCCUGCUGCAGCUCAUCCACCGCACCAUAGAGUUCAUCGUCAGAGAGGGACCAAUGUUUGAGGCCAUGAUCAUGAACAGGGAGAUAUCAAACCCUGACUUCAGGUUUCUGUUUGAGAACCAGAGUCCAGCCCAUGUGUAUUACCGGUGGAAGUUGUUUUCCAUGCUCCAGGGGGACUCUCCCAGCAGGUGGAGCACUAGACCCUUCAGAAUGUUCAAAAAUGGGUCCAUAUGGAAGCCGCCACCACUUAAUCCAUUCCUGCAGGGGAUGCCCGAAGAGCUCAUCAAGAAGGAGGAAGAGGAGGAAGAGAAAAACAAAAAGGGUUCCCUAUCUAAUGCGCAAAGAAAGCGGUUGGAAUCACUCAUCCGUGGACUUGUACCUGAGAGGGACAAGGUUGGGGAGGCGAUGGUGUGGUGUAUUGAACAUGCAGAUGCAGCUGAGGAAAUCUGCCAAUGUCUAACAGAGGCACUCACCAGCCCUGAGACAGCUCUCCCCAAGAAGAUUGCAAGAUUGUACCUGGUUUCUGACAUUCUACACAACUGUAGUGUGAAGGUUUCAAAUGCAUCGUUCUACAGAAAAGGGUUUCAAAGUAAAUUGGCAGAGAUCUUUGAGGGAGUGCAUGUGGCUUAUAACCUGGUGGAGUCACGGUUACGAGCAGAGCAGGUGAAGCAGCGGGUGAUGCAGUGUUGCCGUGCCUGGGAGGACUGGGCCAUCUACCCCCAUGAAUUCUUGAUCCAUCUGCAGAAUAUCUUCCUGGGCCUGGUGAAGCGAGAAGCCAAGAUGGAGAUGGAGGAGGAGCUGAUGGGCCCUCAGGUGGUUGGCUUGGUGGGUACAGAUGUGCGGCAGCUUCAGGCAGACGAUGUGGAUGGCAUCCCCAUUGAUGAUGUGGAUGGCAUUCCCAUUAAGGAAGAGGAGGAGAAGGAGGAGGACCUAGAUGGCAUCCCCAUUGCCAACACCCCUCUCAUUAAGAGUGCCGCCAUCUCAGCCCUGCUUGGCUAUGAUGACGAUGACGACGAUGAUGACAUUGAUGGCGCGCCCUUGGAUGAGGAUGUGGAUGGUGUUCCCAUGAAGGACAUGGUAGUGGCAGACAAUGGCCCCAGUCCUGGCUUUGUCUCCUCCAAGUGGGAGAGCGUCAGUCCCAAGCGAGUGCAGGCACAGGCUGUCACCACCUCUAAGUGGGAAGUAGUGGAGGCCAACCAGAGUGAGGAUGAGGGAGCCAAUGGUUCAGAUAGCACCCCAGUGUAUGACAACUCUGGCACCCACACACAAACCAGUCACAACAGUCAUGAUGAGGAUGACCUUGACGGCAUCCCUUUGGUAUAUGAUGACUACAAGCGCAAGAAACGAGGCUCCUCCGAGGAAGACUCACAAUCACAAGACAAUGGUUCCGAAUACUCUGAAGAUUCCAGAGGAUUUGACAGACUUCAAGGUGACGUGAGUGAGGAGCGGCGGGCAAGGCUACGUGAAGUGGAGAUCCGGGUGUUGCAGUACCAGGAUGAGCUGGAGCAAGGCCUGCGCUCCCUUAAGCCCGGUUACUCCAUCCACCGUCAAGUAGCACACUACCGCCAUAAGAUGAUGAGAAAGAUUGAGAGAGAGGAGGGCAGUGAGCGGAGACAUCACCGCCACCGCAGUCGCAGCUCUUCGCCAGAGGAAAGGCGGUCUACAAAGCGCUCCAGGUCUCCACACAAGUCUCGGCACCGCAGUCGCUCCCGGUCCCCCAGCUCAAGACGGCACAGAUCCCGGUCACCAAGAAAGCGCCGUUCCCACUCCCGGUCUCCACCAAGGAAGCACAAGAAAAAGAGCCGGCAUUAGUUAUCAAAUUUGGGGAUGUGUAUAGUAUAAAAAUUUCUUAUGUACAUGAAGCUUGUGAAUGACUAUUAACACACUGUUUUGGCCACCAGUAAAAGACCCAUACUUCUUUAAAUCA